GUCGAUGUUCCCGGGGCUUGGCUCGUGACUCCGACAUAUCAAAAAUCAAACCUAUUAUUAUUUCGUCUUCAACCCUGGUUAUGACUCCAACUGCUCCAACAUACAACUAUUCUUCACUCCUGCUCACCGCUCGACACCACACAAUGCCGCCAUGAGGAGCAUAUAUAGGCCGUUGCGGUGUUUUCACGCACCCAAGGCCUCAAUUGCGAGUCCCAGACGCAACGUCCUUGGAUCGUGUUUUUAUUCGUCACAUGCUACUAGCAGCUCAUCCCCAUCGCUGUCGAACGAUGAGAAAUGGUCCCACCCCCCGAGCACAGCGACGGUGACCGACGACGAGAUUGCAGAUCUCACCAACAAGAAGCAGCACCCAUUGAGUCUUGCUGAUUUGGUCAAACAUGGUCGGCCACCCCUCUCAGCACAAGCUCUUUUUUCGUCAGCCAACUUCACCCUCUCCCUACUACCUAUUCGAUUAGCCCAUCGCAUUCAGGCAUUGCGAAACCUACCCUUCAUCGUGGUCUCGAAUCCCAACAUCAGCAAGAUCUACAACAACUACUUGCACUCAUUAUCGACUCUCCUACCUUGGAAACACCAUACCAUUAACAACCUAGAUGCCGAAAUCCUUUUCACCUCGGUUCUUGCUGAGCUGGUCCACACCCACCAAGACACCAUCCCUAUCCUAGCUAAGGGCUUCCUCGAGUGUCGGCGAUACAUUUCCCCCCAGGAGGUUACGCGUUUCUUGGAUACUCACCUGCGCACCCGUAUCGGCACCCGUCUCAUCGCCGAGCAGCACAUUGCCUUGCACUACAGCAGCCUUCCACACUUCGACCCUUCUGCCUCACCGACCCCGUGCCCCGAGCACCCUUCCUACAUUGGCGUUAUUGAUACCGCCCUCUCGCCCUCCGCCGUUGUAGACUCGUGCGCUGGCUUCGUGGCCGACAUCUGCGAGCUAAAGUAUGGCGUGCGACCACACUGGGUGAUCGAUGGCGAACCCUCGACCACGUUUGCCUUCGUGCCCAUGCAUCUAGAGUACAUUGUGACGGAGCUGCUCAAAAAUGCGUUCCGCGCCACCGUAGAGAGCGGUCGCAACCGUGAACCCGUCGUCAUAACUAUCGCUCCAGAACCACCUGACGCCGGUCCACCCCGCGUAACCCUCGAUCCCCCUGCCGGCGACAAGGGCGCUUUCAAGAGCGACGCCAUCAUGCCGCUCGAUGACAACGCGCCGGGAGUUACCAUCCGCAUUCGCGACCGCGGCGGUGGCAUUGCUCCCGAUGUCUUACCGAACAUCUGGAGUUAUAGCUUUACUACCUUUAUGGAAGAAGACGAUAUUUCGGGUAGCAAUGGGAACGGAGGUGUCGGUAACGAUGCGUUAAGCGUGAUAUCAGCAUCCGGGGGUGGUGGGAGCUCCAUCGCCGGUCUAGGCUACGGACUACCGCUUAGCCGCGCUUACGCGGAGUACUUUGGCGGCGGCAUAGCUGUUCAGAGUCUGUACGGCUGGGGAACCGACGUUUACUUGCGGCUGAAAGGUGUCGGCAAGAUUGAUACUAUAAGUCCGUAAGGCGUAUAGUUUUAUGAUGGGUUAAAGACAAUCUAGUAUAGAUAGGUUGCUUAUGUGUCGCAAUUCUACUUGGCGAAAUGUGAACGGGUUAACGAUUAUGAUAUUCUGUUUUAUUUUAUUUUACUCUAUUUCAUUUUCUUUUAGUGAGCAUCUGGUGGUACGUACAUGGUGGGAUAGACUGACUGACAGGUGUAUAUAGGACGUAUACUAUUAGUAAACGUGUAGCCUAAGAACAUUGUCUUUGUAUUGGUAGUUAUCACUACUCUCAAGACUUAUAUAUAGCAUUACAGUACCUAUCAACCCCACGUGGUUGGCAGACAUACGGUAAGAAUUAUAGGCUCGUUACAUUGCCAUUGGGAAUAUCCCGUUGUAACAUCGCGCAUAGAACAAUAUAAAUACAUAAACUAGCACUAGGAAUUUUACAGAUGGCUAAAAAGGUACGCUGUUUGAAAUACAUGUCACUCACACAU